AUGGGUGAAAUAUACAUCGCCUAUGGCAUCAUCCUACCGGUACUGGUCUGCCUAGGCGUCUUAGGGGAUGUCCUCAACCUGGUGGUCCUCACCAGGCCCAAUAUGAAUGGCGUGGCCUACAUCUACAUGAGAGUCUCUCUUCGCCCUUCUGUGUGCCAUUCCCUUCACCUACAGAAUCCUGGUGCACGACACAGGACUCUGGUAUACCUACAGCAACGCCUUCUUCCACGCCCACGUCGUCCUGUACUUCGGGAAUUCCUGUAUUGGAACCGGGGUCGUGAUGCUGCUGGCUCUGACGAUCGAGAGAUUCAUCAGCGUCUGUUACCCAGCACAGGCUCGAAAUUACUGCGGCAGAACCAGAGCCUUCAUCACGGUGUUCGUCAUUCCUAUAACCACUUUCAUCUUGUAUUGUCCUUACUUGUUCCUCUAUAAUGUCGCCAUAUGCUUCAACGACAGAGGAGAGCUGAUGUAUCUGAAAGAGCAGAAUCGCAUUCUGGUGGAUUCCAUCUGGUUCCAUCCGUACAAGUGGAUUCUCGAGGUGGUCUUCAAGCUCAUUCCAGCUCUCAUCCUCGUCUUCCUCAACAUCCGCAUCAUCAGGACGUACAAAGACGUAUGCGAGAAGAGAAGGAAAAUGACGAGCAACGUGAGCGGAGAACAGAAACGCCAGUACGCCGAGGAAUCUCGCCUUAUGUUCCUGUUGGGUGGAACUUCGACGCUCUUCUUCGUCUGCAUGACUCCGAUGAUCGUCCUUUCCCUAACCAUCCACAUGUCCUGGAAGGAUAACCUUCCGUAUGAGAUCUUUCGCGCAACAGCCAACGUCCUGGAGGUGACCAAUUUUGCCUGCACCUUCUACAUCUACUGCGUGUUCUCCAAGGACUUCCGAGAGACGUUCUUGAGGACCCUCCGAUCAGCCAAAGAGAACUCCAUGGGCGCCUCCUUCUUGGGUUCCGUGUCUGGUCUGAAGGAAGCCAUGAGGCCACCAUAGGGACGCGCCCACGCAAGGACAACGCAGACACCGGUGCCUGUGGCCGUAUGACCAAAGGGGAACUGCCCGGCCAAGAAGCAGGGCAAUGGCGAAGCGACCUCCGGUGAAGAGAGGUCAUGCAGCGAUGCGAGGUCUAAAGAAAACGGGGUAUUACAAGAAAAGCAGAAAUCCAUUGAGAGAUGUGUCUUCAAAGAAAAUGGGACAUCGAACGAAAAUGGGGAGGCUUUUGAAAUGCAGUGUCUUGUGACGCUACACGACAGAAACGGCUUUUCCCACAGCACUAGAGAAGAUGGGGAGGCAUAAAGCCUAAGUUAUUGAGUUACGAAAAAAGGAAACCAGUACCACAAUAGUGUCUCGUCCAGGAUGCCGUACUCAAGUAGAUCAUCAAGACGAGACGGCACGAUGUGCGAAGGAGAAGAACAACUAUCAGUUGAAUAGUAUUUAAUUUUUUAAAUGAUAUUUUAAGAGAAAAUAUAUAUAUUUCAAUAAAAAAAACAGCUAUGGCUUUGUGCACGUUCUGAGUAAAAGCCUACGUGUGGAAAGUAGCGCUCCGCUAAGUAUGAUGUUUGUAUAUGAAUCUCAUUCCCCAGAGAAGAAACGACCCGAGUCUGGGCUACUAUUUUUUGCAAGGUGCUGCAUUAAUUAUAUUUAAAGACAGAAAAUACCUCCAGAUAACAACAGAGCCAUUGCUUCGCUUCCUUGUCUCCGUUAUCCUUGCGUGGAUAUGAAAAGCGACACAAAGACUUGUCCAAGAACUGGAUGUCUAGUCUUACUAAGUAAUGUUAGCAUUAGUUAAGUUGUUUUAUAUACCAAAAAGUAUAUUUACAAAUGUAUUUUGAACGUUGACAAGCCUUGAAUAUGUUCUUUGCAUGUGUAUUAGCGUUUACUAGGUUAAUAGAUGGAAAACUAUGAGGUAAUUCGUCUGUAAUAAGGGACUGCUCCGGCAGAUGAGGAAAUAGGGAUUUGCAACUCACUUGACAUGUUAAUAAGUACAGUACAUAUCCAGUGCCCUAGACCUUUGAAUCAAGAGAGUGACUUAACACCUUGGCCAAUAAAGGAAAAUCAUCACCGUCAAAUAUAAAUCUAUUCAGUUGUCUAUAGAUUCGUUUUGUUGAUCUAUUAAAGCUAAAAUUUAAUGCAGAAAGGUAGUUACAGAACCUAUUUAAAUAGAAAAUGACAAAAGUGUAUCCCCAUAAUAUAAUAACUGUAACAAUUAUAAAGCUAGGCCAUUGAACAUUAUCAGAAGAAAUUGGUAUGUACAUAUGUACAUAUAUAUAUGGUAUGCUAUAUAUAUAUAUAUAUAUAUAUAUAUAUAUAUAUAUAUAUAUAUAUAUAUAUAUAUAUAUAUAUUAUAUAUCCUACCAUUAAGGCUAAUUACAACACUGAAUGAUUUUCAUAUUCAAUUGAAGGCAUGGAAGCGAACAGUUUCAUUACCUGCUGAAAUCCGCUUGGAUACAAUUUCCCAUAACCUGUAUUAUAGGCGAAUUACCUCAACGCAGGUGGCGUCAGACGACUGUAAAGACUUCAUAUAUGAGAGCGAGGACAGAAAUGCAUUUUGUGCAUAUAUGGAAAUUCUCAGUUUUAUGUGGUGCUAACAUAACAAUUGUCUGUAAAGUGUUUUGUCAUGAAAUAUUCGCUUUGAAUUAUAAUGUAAACGAAAUAUUUAUAGCAUA